ACGGUGAUUCCACUCGCAGUGUUCAUCAUCGAUUCGUUAAUUACGGAUUUAAUUUGCGAGCGCGCGCGAACGUAAACCGGUUCGAAGUUUCGAGUUCGGGAUGAUCAGCUGUGAGCUGAUAUUUAUAUUUAAUUCGUAAAGACGAGUCUGUGGUACGUCUGUUCCUCUCGCUGUGCUGUCUACAGGUAGUACCGGUCUGAUUAAGGAAAACUGGUCGAACGUCGUUCAUAGACUAUUGCAUAAUGUAAAUGUUUGGACGUGUCUAAUCGUUCGAUAACACCACUCGAAAAAUAUCUAGUAAUUUUUUAGGUUUUAUAUCGCCAUGACGUAGAUUUAGUCGAGUCGUUGGUGCGUGUUUUGUUUUGUUUUUGUUUGUUUUCUACACCUUUACACUUUAACGCUGUAUUUUUGUUUUUCGCUGCGCGAUGUCCGAUAAAGCUAAAACUUUACCGAGGGCUAAACGCGACAAAAGCCCGAGUCCGUCGUCGUCGUCGUUCUCGUCGCUGAAGACAGCCACCGUUGGAAAAAUCAACUCGUUCCGCGGUAUCAACCCUCUACGUAACAGGAAAAAGAAGUACACGGUUAAUUCCGUAUCGUCGGUCGACUCAUCGGACGCGCCAACAGUCGGCAGCAGUAGUCAAGAUCUCAACGACACUCCCGAGCUGCCCGAAGAAAUGGUCGGCGAACCAGAUGCCACCAGUACUCCUACCACGGCGACCGUCGCCGCCGCCUCUUUGGACGCCGUCCAACCAACUCAGAAAAAAUUGAAAACCCCCAAAAAAGCCAAACCUCCCAACAUGAAGAAAAUCGUCAAAGGAGGUAAAGGUAUCCUGAGCAAACUCAAAGGUAAAAACGAAAGCGCCGCCAUCAUCGUCGAUACACCGCCGUUGGAUUUACGUCGAGGAGGCGCCGCUGUUCUCAGGAAAGAAGCCAAUGGUGGCGCUCCCGCUGGCCAAAACGACGAUACCGUCGAAGAACAAGAAGAGCUGAAAAAUGGUGACAUUGGUGAGAUGCCGGUUACGACUAAAGACGAAUGGUCGGUGACGGCGACCUGCGAAAAAGUACGUAAAUUGUCUCGUCUAGAAAUACACGAAUCUAUGUAUACCGAAGAGCUCGAAGAUAAAGGCUUACCCGACCCUCUUAGUACCGACGAUGAGGCGUUCAUCGACCCCGAAAACUCGACCAAUCUGUCGACGCCCGAGAUCGUCAACUCGAACGGUACCACUCCGAUCAGUUUCGAUAAAAAGUCGCCUUCUACUAUUAAAAAAGAAAUUCUGUCAUCUAUUACGAGUAAUAAAACGCGUAAAACUUCUGAUCCGAUAUCAAAUGGCAACAGAAACGGUAAACCGCGAAAAAUCAGUAUGCAGGCAAGAAAUUCGACCGAUAAAAAUGAACUUCUAUUCAAGAUUUUGGUUAUCGGCGAACUCGGUACUGGUAAAACGUCCAUUAUUAAAAGAUACGUGCAUCAGUUCUUUUCUCAACAUUAUAGAGCCACCAUAGGAGUGGAUUUCGCACUGAAAGUAUUACAAUGGGAUAACGAGUCCAUGAUCAGAUUGCAAUUAUGGGAUAUAGCUGGUCAAGAACGAUUCGGUAAUAUGACUCGAGUUUAUUAUAAAGAAGCUGUCGGAGCUUUUAUUGUGUUCGAUGUAACCAGAGUAUCGACAUUCGAAGCAGUUACCAAAUGGAAACAAGAUCUCGAUGCUAAAGUACAACUUGCCAAUGGUGAAACUAUACCUUGCGUGUUACUAGCGAAUAAAUGUGAUCAACCAAAAGAAGGAAUAGUCAAUAAUCAUAGUAAAAUGGACGAAUUUUGUAAAGAUAAUCAAUUCGUUGCUUGGUUCGAGACGUCGGCCAAAGAUAAUAUAAAUAUAGACGAAGCAGCUAAUUGUUUAGUCGCAAAGAUAGUACAAAAUGAUCAAAAAAGACUAGAAGAAAAAGAAACCACGAACGGUACCGGAGUUAUUAACGUAAAUUCUGAAAAUAGCGAAACAACUAAGAGUAAAGUAUGCGGCGCGUGUUAAUUACGUAUUUACUUAUUUUUUGGUGAUUUAUUCUGUUUAUAUGUCGAAUUGUUUAAUUAUGUGUUCAGAAUUCAUGAUACAAUCCAUUUUCUGUUAUACCCUAAUGUACUUAAUGUUUAUGUUUAUGAAUUUCACUCUUCUAUUAAUUUUUGUUGUAUUUUUAAAUUAUAUAAGCGAAAAAAUGUGCCUUCGAACUAAUUGUCAUUUUUGAUGGUUGUUUAUUAUAAUAUUGUGCCUUGUGCCCCCCUCUUUUGUUAUAUAUUUUAUAGUUAUUAUUUUUCAAGAAUAAAGUUAUUCGUAAAGCGUU